AUGAGGGUGGUUGCCAUUCUCGCCGUCACGGCUUUCCUCAACGGCCAUGCCCAGGCGCAGGACGUCCCAACUCAUAGGUAUAAUAACAGUGGCAUUGGUCCACCUCGAGACGCACGCCAGAAGUUCAAUGACACUGGCUUUGUUCUGCCCCGAGGCGAAGGCCAGAAGGUGAAUAGCACUGGCUCUGUCCUGCCCCGAGGCGAAUGCCAGAAGGUGAAUGGCACUGGCUCUGUCCUGCCCCGAGGCGAAGGCCAGAAGUCGAAUGGCACUGGGUAUAUCCAGCCCCGAGGCGAGGGCCAGAAGUCAAAUGACACUGGCUUUGUUCUGCCCCGAGGCGAAGGCCAGAAGUCGAAUGGCACUGGCACUGUCCUGCCCCGAGGCGAAGGCCAGAAGUCGAAUGGCACUGGGUAUAUCCAGCCCCGAGGCGAAGGCCAGAAGUCAAAUGACACUGGGUAUAUCCAGCCCCGAGGCGAAGGCCAGAAGUCGAAUGACACUGGCACUGUCCUGCCCCGAGGCGAAGGCCAGAAGGUGAAUAGCACUGGCACUGUCCUGCCCCGAGGCGAAGGCCAGAAGUUGAAUAAUACUGGAAUUUGCACUUGCAAGGAACCUCCCCUUCCCGAGUGCGUGCUGAGAGCGUUUCUCACCAGGACAACUAUGACUUGGAAGACGGCCACAAAUAGAGGUGUCAAGACACGAAGUAACACUGGCCAGCCUAGUGAUACCUUCAGGGUCUCUGGCACUUGGAGGCCAACUAACAUUUAUACCAAUAGGCGUCUGUUUAUUGAUGAUGAGAUUCUCACUCCGACUAGGUCAUCUCACAUUAGGAAGCCUACUGCUACUGGCACGCCUACCGAGACGGGCAAGGCAAAUAAAUCGGGGAAGCCUACUGUGACUGACAAGCCAACUCUUCCCUGGCCAAGUUUUUCUUGGACAACCAUUCCCGGGAAGCCAACACACGCCCGCAGGGCUAAUGAUGAUGGCAAGCCAACUCUUCCUUGGUUAAGUCUUUCCUGGCCAGUCUGGCCAACGCAAAGCGAGGAGCCAAUUAGCACUGGAAAACCGGCCUAUACUCAUAAUAGGCCGUCUCAGACCGAGGAGCCAUCUCACACCAAAAAGCCGGCCUAUACUCAUAGGCCGACUCUGAGCGAGGAGCCAUCUCACACCUGGGAACCUACCGAGACUGACGGGCCAACUCACACUGAGCUUCCGACACACACUUGGAGGCCGGGCCAUCCUCAUAAGCCGACUCACACCGAGGAGCCUACUGAUACUGACAUGCCUACCCACAACACCGAGGAGCCAACUCACACCGGGAGGCCGCCCUAUACUCAUAAGCCGACGCACAACACCGAGGAGCCAAGUCACACGGUGAAGCCGCCCUAUACUCAUAAGCCGACGCACAACACCGAGGAGCCAAGUCACACCGUGGAGCCUACUGAUACUGACAAGCCUACCCACAACACCGAGGGGCCAAGUCACACCGGGAAGCCGCCCUAUACUCAUAAGCCGCCCUAUACUCAUAAGCCGACGCACAACACCGAGGAGCCAAGUCACACCGUGGAGCCUACUGAUACUGACAAGCCUACCUCUCCUGGUAAGCCAACUGGUACCGGCAAGCCAACUGGUACCGGCAGGCCAACUGGUACCGGCAAGCCAACUCGUCCUGGCAAGCCUGGCAAGCCAACUAAGACAACUAAGCCUGGCAAGCCAACUAAGCCAACUAGCCCUGGCAAGCCAACUAGUCCCGGCAAGCCAACUUACACAGGCGAGCCAACUUACACAGGCGGGCCAACUUACACAGGCGGGCCGAGCGGCACUGACAAGCCAAUUUACUCCAAGCCUGCUUAUACCACGGUUCCCAUCAAAAAUACGCAUAGUAAAAGGGACCUUGAGGAGCCCGAGUGCGCUCAUGACCCCCAUUGCACGGGGGAUAGUCAAUCUGAUUGCCCAAAGCCCACUCUUUGCGAAAGGGAGCCUCACCACCCAUUCUGCACCGAGACACCUCCCCAUACCCAUGGUGGUAAAGUAUGUGAUAAACCUCAUGGCGAGGCUCAGCAUGCCGACGACGGCACGCCAUGCGAUGGACAUGGCCAUGAGGGCCAUACUUGCACCAAAGGCUGCCACAAGCCUAUGCAGGCUCACAACGGAACUGACGAGCUUGCACCCUCUGGGAGCAUGAUCGGUGGAGAUGGCAGCAUGCCGGUUGGUACUUAUGUACCCAUCAGUGCUGGUGAGACUACUGCCGUCUCCGACUUGGCCCUGGGCAUUGUUGCUCUGGCUGGCUUCCUUCUUUUCUAA